AGUUCUCUUCUUGGGGCUUUCCUUUGCCCCGCCUCCCACCUCCUUUCCUUAAGCAACAGAGAGCAGCCGUGCAGCGUGAUCGAGGGGGACUGGAAUCAUGGGAGUCGGGUCGAACAGUUCUGUAAGGGUUGAAUGGGUUGUAGCAGUCUCAUGUGCAGCAGGAGCAGCAGCCAUUGGGUAUCUUGCUUACAAAAAGUUCUUCAGCAAGGACAAAUGUUGUAGUGGUAUGGUAAACCUCCAUAUUCAGAAGGAUAAUCCCAAGGUAGUUCAUGCAUUUGACAUGGAAGAUUUGGGGGAAAAAGCUGUGUAUUGUCGAUGUUGGAGGUCUAAGAAGUUCCCGUUGUGUGAUGGCUCUCACACAAAACAUAAUGAUGAAACAGGAGACAAUGUGGGACCUCUGAUCAUCAAGAGGAAAGAUGCUUAAAGAACAAAGAUGAGAAAGAACAUGAAAACAAUCCCAUCACAGUGCUUUCUGCUCACUUAUAAUUGGUGUGAAAAUGAGUUCUUAAGUCAUUUCACUGAAGACUUUAGAUGUGGUAUACAGUGCAUUGCAGCACAUGUAAUUCAUGUUGUUUGCCUUGCUUAACACACUACAGAAUAUAUGUUAUGAAUAAAUACUCAUGAUUUGCUGGGUUGUUUUGUCAUGUAAAGUGUAUCUUCUCAUAAAUGUUAAAAAACCAACAAUACUUUUGAAUGUACUCUGAAGUAUGUAUUAGAAUGAUACAUUAAAUUAUUUUCAAAUAUACAAUA